AUGGUUGCAGCUGCAGAUCUGACGGCAAAACGGAGCCAGCGACAAAUCUGGUUGAGUCCUCGAGUCUCCAACUGGAAGCAGGGCCUCGGCGAUGGAAGUCCGUGCCUGACAGCGAAAGGCCUACUCGGGUCCUGCACCUCGUUCCGCAAGUGCUACCCUUACUUCAAGGUUCCGGAUCUGAACGUUUGGGAUUCGUGGGUCCUGGGGAACUACGACACGUGCAGCUACUUUAACGACGACGGCCGUCAAGCGUUUGGAGUGUGCUGUACCAAUCCCAUCACUCCGCUCCCAAUCGAUGUCUCAAAUGUGGUCGGGGAAGACCCAAGACCCGGUUCGAAGCCGACGCCGUCGCCCGUGGCUGGUGGAUCGAAGCCACCGAACAAGAACAACAACUACCCGAGCUGGCCACCACCGAUUCCAACGCAUCCGCCGGACCACACGCCCGCUACGCACCCUCCAUCGUUAGGCGGACCACCAACAACCGUCUCGUCCGUAAUCGUCUCAGAGCCCACGCAACGACCUACGACAACGUGGCCUACGAGACCGCGGCCACCGCAGGUCCCUAAUCAACCACCACCGCCGGUCGGUGCUUGGCCACCACCGGUCCCGACACAUCCACCUCCGUUCGAAAUCUCCACCAUACCCCCGUCACAGCCCGUUGCCGGCGACCCUGUCGUCGGUGGUUGCGGAUUGAAAAAUGGUAAUCCGGAUACGGAGCGAAUCGUUGGCGGCCACAAUGCAGAUCCAAACGAGUGGCCUUGGAUCGCGGCCCUCUUCAACAACGGGCGCCAGUUCUGUGGAGGAUCGCUGAUCGACAACAUUCACAUCCUGACCGCGGCCCAUUGCGUAGCACAUAUGAGCUCCUUCGACGUGGCUCGGCUUUCGGUUCAGCUCGGUGAUCACAACAUUCGCUCGACCACGGAAAUUCAGCAUGUAGAACGACGCAUUAAGCGAUUGGUCCGACAUCGUGGGUUCGAUUCGCGAACUUUAUAUAACGAUGUUGCCGUACUAACGAUGGACCAGCCGGUACCAUUUACGAAGCAGGUGCGCCCAAUAUGUCUCCCGGCGGCGGACAACUCGCGAGCAUACAGUGGACGAACGGCCACCGUCAUUGGCUGGGGAAGUCUAAGAGAAAAUGGACCGCAGCCAUCCAUUUUGCAGGAAGUAAAUUUACACAUAUGGACCAACACCGAAUGCCGGAUCAAGUACGGUGCGGCCGCGCCCGGUGGCAUCAUCGACACGAUGCUAUGCGCCGGUCAGGCGGCUAAGGAUUCGUGCAGCGGUGAUUCCGGUGGUCCUCUCAUGGUGAACGAUGGCGGGUGGACACAGGUCGGCGUGGUUUCGUGGGGUAUAGGAUGCGGAAAGGGCCAGUAUCCGGGCGUGUACACCAGAGUGACCGCAUUCCUGCCGUGGAUCAUGAAGAACAUUAAGGAUGUCUAG